AUGGCCUCCAAAAUCAAAAACGUAACAGAGUUCUCAUACGUUACUCUCAAACAAGGCAUAAACGUCUUUGACGAAUCCGCCGCCGCCAAGACUUAUCAAAAUGUCAUCGACACAGCGCUGAGACAACCAGGCGCACGACGAGUCUAUACCAGUCUCGAGGUUGAAGAUCCUUCAAAGCUGUGGUUAUUUCUGGACUGGGAUACCCUAGAUGAUCAUUUGAAUUAUCCCAAGAGCGCUGACCAUGCUCCCAUCAUAGAAUCUCUCCAACCUCUGGCCGAUUUUGAAAAGUCUAUCAACAAGCACGUCACUCUCAACCCCUUUCCCCCAGAGGACGUCCUCGACAGCUCCAGCUCUCCCGUGACAGAAGUACUCGUCGCAUUCUUUCCUUCAGAUUACUCCAUCUCAGCUCGAGCCUCGGCAACACGUCGACUGGAACAAUUCGCCGCUCAAGCUCUCAAAGCAUCACCAGACUGGAGGGGCAUCAGCUACGGCUGGAGUGUAGAGAACGAUGUGCCGAUUCGUGGUGAUGAAAGUAAUUCAGGUGCCAUGCUCGUUGCGUUUAUCGGAUGGCCGAGUCUAGAAGCUCAUCAAAAGUUUCGCGAGACGGAUGAUUUUAAACAGAAUAUUGGUUUGUUGAGAGAGAUGGAGGGAUUGUUGAAGUUGAGUGCUUUUCAUGUUAGUUGUGUGAGUAAGGAGGCUGAGGGGUUGGAGGAGAGGGAUGCGAAGAAGGCUGCUGAGAAUGGGCAUGGACAUGGACAUGGACAUGAGCAUGGUUGUGGUUCUGGUGGAUGUUGUUGA